AUGCCAGAAAAAAUAUAUAUAUCUUCAACAGGAGAAUUUUGUGACACUCAUGGAAAUAUCAUACAAUUGAGAGGUGUUAAUUUGGACCCCUCAGUAAAGAUUCCAUCUUCUCCAUUUCAAGCCACCCAUUUACCAAUUAAUAAUGAGUUUUCUACAUCUUUUUACAAUCCAACCAAACCAUUAAGUUUCAUCAACCAUCCGUUGCCCUUGAAUAACGUCGAAGACCAUAUAAACAGGAUCAAAUCAUUGGGUUACAAUACAAUCAGACUUCCAAUUCCUUGGGAAGCUAUUGAACAUGAGGGUCCUGGCAUCUAUGAUUAUAAAUAUAUGGAUUAUAUUAUUGAUCUUUUGAAAAUUAUAAAUAAUUUAGGUGGAAUUUAUGUUUAUAUAGAUCCCCAUCAAGAUGUUUGGUCAAGAUUUUGUGGAGGAUCUGGUGCUCCAUUAUGGACUUUAUAUUGUGCAGGAUUGAAUCCAAAACAUUUUAAAUCAACAGAAGCUGCAAUAUUGCAUAAUCAUUAUAUUGAUUCUAGAGAUGGGAAAGAACGUAACGAUAAAAAAUACCCCAAAAUGUUAUGGCCAUCUAAUUAUACAAAACUAGCUUGUCAAACUAUGUUCACCUUAUUUUUUGCAGGUAAAACAUUAGCACCCAAGUGUAUAAUUAAUGGAAUGAACAUUCAAGACUAUUUACAAGGAAAAUUUGUUGAUGCAUUUAUGGAAUUAUAUGACAGAAUUUCAUUAAAAGGCGAUGAAUUAUUGGCAAAUAACUGCAUUAUUGGGUUUGAGUCUAUAAACGAACCUAAUCCCGGGUUCAUUGGGGAAAAAAAUCUAAAUAUCAUACCAAAGGACAGAUAUUUCAAAAUGGGUUCCACUCCAACAGGGUUUCAAAGUUUGAUUUUAGGAGAGGGUAUGGCAACAAUUGUAGAUGUAUAUAAUCUAACUUUAUUAGGACCCCAGAAAAAGGGUACCAAAAAAAUUGACCCUAAAGGUGUCAAAGCUUGGCUUUCACAAAUAGAUCGAACUCUUAUUGAUAAGAAAUUCAAUUGGGUACGAGGUGCUGAAUGGGUUCCAUCAAGAUGUAUAUGGAGAAUACAUAAAGUUUGGGAUAUUUUACCAAAUGGAAUGCCCAUAUUACUGAAACCGAAUUAUUUUUCAAAUGCUACCAUGGAAAACAAUAAUACAAUAGAAAUGGAUGAAACUUAUUUUAUAAACAAUCAGUUUCUUGAAUAUUAUAGACUAUUCCAUUCGGAGAUGAGAAAAAGAAAUAAGGAAUUACUACUCUUUCUACAACCACCUGUUCUAAAGCAACCUCCAAAAAUUAUCAAUUCUGAUCUUGUAGAUUCUAGAACAGUUUAUGCGUGUCACUUUUAUGAUGGCAUGUCGCUAAUGUUCAAAACAUGGAACCGGAGAUACAACGCUGACACUUUUGGUAUUAUGCGUCACAAAUACAUGAGCCCUAUACUAGCACUUGUAUUUGGAGAAUCAAAUAUAAGAAAAUCAAUAAGAAGACAAUUAAAAGAAAUGAAAGAUGAGUCUAAGAAAUUCCUUGGUCCAAGUGUCCCCGUAUUUUUAACAGAAAUUGGAAUGCCAUUCGAUAUGGAUAACAGGAAAGCCUACAAAGAUGGAUGUUAUACGACACAGACAGCUGCUUUGGAUGCACUACAAUUUGCAUUAGAAGGUAACAACCUAUCAUACAGUAUAUGGUGUUACUGCCAUCAAAAUUCCCAUGACUGGGGUGAUAAUUGGAAUAAUGAGGAUUUCUCAAUUUGGUCAAACGACGAUCUUCAUAGAGGUUGUGUAAAAGCAACCAGUGAAUAUCAUCAAACUCACUUUACUAACGAGUGCAUAAUGAUACCAAUAUCUCCUGGAACAGGUGAUAUUCAUCAAUGUUUACAAGAUGCCAAAGAAUUGAAAUUUGAUUAUAAUGGAUUCCGAGCCAUUGAUGCAAUUUUAAGACCGUAUCCAUUAAAAAUCAAUGGUGAAUUUGUAGAUGCAGAAUUUAAUUUUGAUAAUAAAACAUAUGUGUUGAAGAUCAUUGGUAGUGAUAAAAAAAUUACUUCGAAACCAUCAAAGAUAUUUUUGCCUCAUUAUCAUUUCCCAUUGAGAGAUGUGACUAUUCACUCAUCUUCUGGAAAGUUUUCUUUUGACCCUAAGCAUCAAAUUUUAAAAUGGUAUCAUGAUCAAGGCCAACAAAAAUUAGAAAUAUCGAUGGAUAAGUCAAAAUUCAACAAUAAUGAGGAAACCAAAAUUUCCACAAGUAUUAGGAAUGAUAAUAUUGUCGGAUGUACAAUAACCUGA